AUGGCAAAAUCAUCAGUAACACCGUUACUGGUAUUAGAUGGAGAAAGUGAAGAGAUUACGUCAAGCCUCCUACCAGAAGAUAUCAUUGUCGACAUCCUUUCGAGGUUACCCAUAAAAUCUAUACUGCAAUUCAGGUGCGUAUGCAAACAUUGGUACAGUAACUUACUCAGAGACCCAAGUUUGGUUAAAAUCUAUAUUAAAAAUAGCAUUGAAAGUGAUAAGUUUAAUGUUUUUUCAAUAAAAGAUGGCCGUGAGUUUAGUAUGCUUAUUAGAAAACCAUCAUCAUCGUUAACAACAUUUGAAGAUGACUCCUUUGAGCCUAUGAAUGUAAUAGAUUUGCCAUUUAAAUCUCAACUGGUUAGGAAUCCAAAUCUUUGGAUCCACACUCAUGGUUCUUGUAAUGGAUUGAUAUUGAUGAAAAGGUAUAUCGUUGGUGUUGGUUAUGCACAGGAUAUUAAUCCUAUCCUUUGGAAUCCCACCACAAAAGAGUUCAAAGAAAUAGUCAUUGAUAAAGAUGUUGAUUAUGGACAACAGUAUGAUCCAUCAACAAUCAAACCCAAUUACGGGCUUGGUUAUAAUUGUGAUACCAACGAUUACAAGAUUGUUAAAGUUGAACUUGUUUAUAGUUCUCAUAAUCUGCUUGUUUGUGUUGGUUCUGGAGUUCAAGUUUAUUCAUUAGGAUCGAAUUCAUGGAAAACGUUACCGGGCACUGUUCCUUAUGAGAUACUUCAUCAUGAUAAUGAAUUUGUUAACGGAGCACUUCACUGGAUAGCAAAUACAUGCCCUGUAUCCACUACUGGUCCACUAUCUAUAUUAAUUGUUUCUUUCGAUAUACGAGGCGAGAUUUUCAGGGAAGUUCCACUUACUGUACAAGUCGGUGAACUAUUUAGCUAUUUUUGGGCGACAUUAGGUGUUUUAGGAGGGUGCCUUUGUGUCGUUUUUUGUGGUUAUUUUGAAUUUGAAGUAUGGGUUAUGAAGGAUCGCGACGUGGGAGAAUCCUGGACUAAAUUGUUCGUUGCCCAACACCCAGUCAAAAGACCUAGGUUGUGCAGCAUGAAAUUACAAUGGGAAUUCCAGAAUGGUAAACUUUUGUUCACAGCCGAAUCAGUAAAUGGCAAGGAUAUAUAUUUCGUUAUAUAUGACUCAGUGAGCCACAAAUGUGAAGUUCAUGAUACCUAUCGCAUCCCAGGAAACAACUACUGUACAAAAACCUAUGUGGAGAGUCUGGUGCCAAUUUCUGGUACUUAUGCAGGCAGGGAGCAAGAUGAUCCAAUUUUACAAAAACAAGCAGUAAGCAAGUAUCUAAAGGAUGUAGAUCUCAGUUAUGCUGCUGUGACUUCCCUAGUGGUUUGCAGUUUUGUUGCUGUGAUUUUUCUAGUGAUGCAUCUCUCGUCUUUACUAAUGCAUCUUUUCUAG